ACCCGGUUCUUGGCAAGGACGCGGAGACCGGCGGCGCCGCUCGCACCCUGCUGCAGCAGCGUCCGCGGGCCAGAGGGACGGGGCGCAACCGCGGGCUCCCUCCAGGAGCAGGACCAGCCCCUGUAAUCAUCCCCCCAAAUACAGCGCGUCUCACCACCUGCCCGGACCAAAAUUAGCGCCCCCCUCCCCCAUUAACCUUCUGUGGGUUAAUGACAGAGAGAAAACUACCAGAAAUCAGACAGAAACUUCCCAAUUAUCUGAUUAGUUCCACAUUUACUGGCUAACAACUUUCCCAGAUGGAACUAGACAAAUCAAUCAAUAGUGCUGUUACUAAAAAGCCUAAUGAAGAUGCUGCAGUGAGUUGCAGGAAAAGAUUAUCUUUUCUAGAUGAUAUAAAUGUAUCAGAAGAUGACCAGAAAUUAAGAGAGACAGUGAAAGUAAUUGCAGGAAAAGAAGUAACUGCAAAAGCCAUUUGCUUUCUUACCUUUGGCCUCUACUUGGUUAAAAGCUUUACCCAGCAACGAUUAGAUAUAGUAGGAGUGACCUACAACAGCAAGACUAGAAGACUGAUCCUCGUGGAUGGCAAAGGGUUGUUCAGCUUGGAUUUACUUGCUUCUAAGACUGUAGGUGAGAGAGAUCUUUAUCUGUCAGGCUCAAGAGUUAAAAGGGAAAUGGGUUUUCACAAGUACCAAUUCAACAUAGUGAGAAGCAUCACCUACUGUGAAAAAUUCAAUGUUUACUUUAUACUGAGAAGAGACUAUGCACUUAAGGUGUAUAAUAAGGAUUAUGAAGAGAUCUGCUCAGUAGAGAACGUGGAGUCACGUCUGUUGACACUUAUGGUAUUCAAUCCUGUGAGUGAUGAACUCAUUACAGGAGGAAUCAAAGGCAUAAAGUUCUGGAAGUUUAAAGAAACAGAGAGUACAGAUUACUCUGAUGCAGUUCACAUGUCCAAUUACAAGCUAUUCCCCAGUGCAGAAUUCCCACACAUGAGGCAAAUCUGGUGUACAAAUAUGGAGUUUGAUGUCAAUAUGCAAAGACUUUAUUGCUUUUCUAAUUGCGAUCUCUUCUGCUAUGAUACCAAAGGGAAUAUACUGUUUCAGCUAACCAAUGCCCACCAAAGUACCAUUCUCUCCUGCGUCUAUUCAUCAUACUCCAAUGCUUUGCUUACCUCCUCCAGGGACUCUGAAAUAAAAUCUUGGAAUGACCAGGGCUGUUUGUUGCAUGUGUUUCAUGGCCAUACGAGGUCUGUCACACACAUCCUCCUCCACCCAAACACUUUGUCUUUAUUUAUCUCUGGAUCUUUGGAUGGGACAGUGAAACUCUGGUCCCUGGAUACAAUGGAGCUGUUUUACAGUUUAUCAUUGUUCACUGAAGGAAUUGUUUGGAUGGGCCUGACUGAGGAUAAGUUGUUGUACUGCUCUUCUGCCCGCAAUCUUCAUGUGUAUGACUUGAACUAUUUUACCAAAUUCUGGACUCAUGUCAGCAGUCAGAUUAAGGCUCUGUCCCUCUGUGGUGCCAAUGGGAAAUCCAGCAGGGUGGUAGCUAUGGGCUCUGAUAACAGUUUACGAAUUUUCUCUCUGCAUAAUGGGACAAAGUUAUGUACCGUGCUGCCGCCUCCCUAUCCUUCUCCGCUCCAGUCAGUUCUCAGCUUUGCCUAUAAUCGAACCAAUGGAACAAUUUACUUCCUCUUGACUUCUUGGGAUAUAUGGGUCUACACAGCGAGAACUGAUCCUGCAUGUAGGGCAGCAGUGUGGACGAUUGAAGAAAUACACCAGCACUUAAACAGAAAACACCCCUUAGCCUCUUGUGUACAGAAGAAUGAAUAUUUUCAACAUACUCGAAAGGAGAGUGUAAGAGAUCCAGUGAGAUGCAAAUGUCUCUGCAGCCUGUCCUCCCCAAUAUGCUACUGGAUAGAUGAAGGGCUGGUGUAUGCAGAUACCCAGGAAUUUCUGGUUCUUGGUAUGCAGGAUGGAAGAAUCCUGUUUCUGCACACAUCAAUACAAAAUCUAGUAUAUUAUGAGAUGAAGGCCUAUAAAGAUCCUGUAAUUGAAUUAAAACAUGAUAUCGAUCACCAUCAACUGAUAAAUAUGUGCCAGGAAUUGGAAUACAAAUUGGUGCAGAUCUGGAGUUUACCUGCCCUGAAGUUGCUUCACCAGAUCAAUAUCUCGAAUGAAACCAUGGUUUUCACCAGGAUUAACAGUUCACUGUUCCUUGGCCUGCAUUCUGGAGCUGUAAAUGUCUUUGAUGUUCGUGUUGAAGAAGGCCCAGUGGAUCUGUUGGAGAAAAAUGAGAAAAAGCCAGAGGGAAAUGAAGAACCAGAUAUCACUCAUGAUUCUGAAAAUGCUCACAAGGGCCCUGUGGUAGCAGUGGAUGCCUGCAAGACCCUCUCUCUCUUUCUAAGCUGUGGUGCGGACUACAUGGUGAAACUCUGGGAUAUUCACAAGAAUUUGCUGGCCGACAUUUUUCUUGAUAACACUCUCAGCUCUGCUUGUUUCCUGAAUGGUUCUGGAGAUAUUUUAGUGGCUUUCAAAAAUGAUCUUUACAUCUUGCCUCACAGUAAGGCACUGGGUAUCUCAACAACAGAUACAGAUGUCUCUGGAAUCUCAGCAACAGAGUCCUUCAUUUAUGAAAACCAAGCUUUAAAUUACCAAAAGGAAGGAAAAAAUGAUGUCUCCAACAUCACUGACAUGGACUCUUAUCUGGUGCCUUACAUGGGAUUUAAUUUCACCAGUAACUUCACAACAGAAUUGCUGGACCGAGAAAAGCUGUCCUGGAAGUUGCCGCUGGCCCCUUCCCAGAUAUAUUGUUCUCCCAGUAUCUCAGCGACUUCAUUGAAGAUGUUUGACUUCUUGUUUCAACCUGGACCUCUCAGCAUAGAUGAGCGAGAAAAGGCAGAACUCUCUGAAAGAAUGAUCCUGACUGAUGAUAUGAAAUACUUGCCUGGCCCCAGACCUGCAGGGGCUGUGGCUUUGGAAAUACCUGAGUUUGGAAUCUCCCCAUGUUCUUCUCCACCCAGUGUAUGUUUAGAGGCCCAGCCGGAGGAAGAGGUUGCUGAAACUGAGAGUGAAUCCCCCAAUACAGAAUCACUACAUCAAAUCCCAAGCACUGAACAGCAGCAAGUCAGUGAAGAAGCCGACAAGGAGGGAACAAAUCUUCUAACAGAGGGAGAUUUCUGUUUGGACAAAACUCAGACUUUACAGAUGAAGAGAAAAACAGGUUCUGAAAAAAGGAAGAAAAAAGCUUCAAAGAGCGACAGAUUUCCAUGUGGCAAAGAAAAGAAGCUUGUGCCCGGGAAAUUAUCCAGUUCAGACGGUGCAGGUCUGAGAAAGACACAUACACCAAAACAUAAAAGAUUUUCCUCAGAGACACAGAAUGUCAUGAUGGCUAGAGACCCCAAGACUGUCUCCCGGGCCCAUUCGGCUAUUCCUAUAGGAGAGAAAAUGAUUCCUACUCCUCCACCUGAGGCUCUGGCACCAGCUGAGAAAAGGACCUUUCUGAGGAAGAAAACUUAUCAACAGAAAGAUGGUAACAAUGUGACCUGGAGUGAUAAAGCCCUAGUGAGAUUGGAGACUUGGAGAAGAAAAGAAAAUGAAAGGACUGAGCAUGCAAAGAAGAAGCGAGCAAUACUGGAGCUCCAGAAACUGCAGCAUCUCCACUUUCCAACAAGCCACUGGUUCUGUACUCGACCAGCCACUUCCCAGCAAUAUCAGAAUUUGCAGAUUUCUGAAAACCUCUUUGAAAUAGAGUUUGCUGCUUGGAUGCGGCCUCACAAGAAGUCCCAUGUCCUUUCCCAUCCGUGCGCUGUGAUGCAGGAGGGCCCCAUCAACUUUUCCAGGGAGUUUCCUUACAGACUAGCCUGGGGACCUGUGACCACUCAUGACUUGGAGGCAAAACUGUGUUACCAUAGGACGAUGCUGGACUUGUUUAAAGAAGGCAAAGCAAGCAGCCUCCUUGUAGAGAGAAAUCUGCAACCUACAAGAUCAAUCCCUAGCAAAGGGAGGUACAUCUUGGUGAAUGCUGAGACUCCUUCAAUAUCCUCAACCCCGCCUGUAAGCAGCCCACUGGAAGACAGGUUACUGAGUGUCCGAUUCCCCAAACAAAAAGAAACUCUGCCCCACAAUGUGCACAAGCAGACUCAGCCUCCUGCAGCAAUGCGACACCCUCUUGCCUUAUGA